AUGAUUAUAGCUCAGCUUGUCACAGACACAGGAGACGCCUUGGCAGAGACAUUGGAAAUCCCCGAGGAUACAACAGGGGCAGACCUGCAAGAAGUUCUGCGGACUUUUCGAGCAACCGAUCCGGACGAUGUCCCCAUCAAGUACUCCUUCUUUAUAGGUACAACUGAGGUGCGUGGAUCCCUCAAGCAAGCUAUUGAGGCUGCCGCUGUAUCCACGGAAACGACAGUAAUAAUCACGUGCCGGCCACUGGCUCUCUUUGCUGUAAAACCUGUAUCACGAUCGGUCGCUACUCUAGAAGGACACACAGAAGGCGUUCUUGACGUUUCCUUCAAUCCUGAUGGUCUAACAUUCGCCAGUGCUAGUGGAGAUACGACCAUUCGGAUAUGGGACUCGCUGACCCUUACAUGCAAACACGUGCUACGAGGACACAAGAAUUGGGUGCUUAGGGUUGCAUAUUCCCCGUGCGCCACUCGAUUGGCCUCUGCUGGUGUCGAUGGGGAACUUCGGAUUUGGGACCCGGUGACAAACCGGGCACUCCAUUCACGCGCGCUGAUUGGUCACAAGAGGUUCAUCAGCAGCUUAGCUUGGCAGCCGCUUCCUUUACUACCCGUCGAGAACAUUCCGAAGAAUUCCAAGAUGAGUGAUCUGAUCUCCACGAACACCUCACUGCGGCUUGCAACGGGGUCAAAGGAUGGAACCGUGCGGGUGUGGAACACUGACGCGGGAGUUGUGGAACAUGUGGUACACUCUGGAACCAAGUGCGUUACAGAUGUUCGAUGGACGCGUGACAACUAUUUGCUAGUAAGCAGCGAGGACACGCAGACAUAUCUCUAUUCCACGCCCUACGUCAAACACCCCUUGGUAAAGACCGACUCCUCUUCAUUACAAGCGCAGUAUUGUUGUCUAGCUGUCUUGAAGAACCAUGGUCAUUGGGUUAACAGCCUGGCGCUAAACACAGACUAUCUGCAGCGCUAUGGGCCUCGUAUCUGUCUCGUAAUGGGGCCGGCUUACUACAAGCAAAUGCUUACGCAGCGGGAGAUGGUCCUCACGUGCUCAGAUGACCAGACCAUUAAUCUCUAUGAUCUAGCUAUUCUUUUGGAUGAUGCUCGAAGGGCAAUUCUUGACAGAGCAGAUGGCACAGAUAGACACUUUAUUGCACUAAGCUGCAAGCCUCUUACGCGACUGACUGGCCAUGCAAAGCCAGUGAAUCAUGUCUGUUUCAGCCCAAAUGGACAAUAUAUAGCAAGUGCAUCCUUUGAUCGAACGGUGCGCCUCUGGGAUGGAGUUACUGGCAAGCACAUUAGUAUCUUUCGAAAUCAUGUCAAUCAGUGCUACAGGGUUAGCUUUAGCUCUGACAGCCGGUUCCUCAUCAGCUGCGGAAAGGACAGCACUUGCAAGCUCUACUCCCUGUCCAAGCGCACAAUGCUCCGGGACCUACCCGGCCAUGAGGAUGAGGUCUAUGCAAUUGAUUGGGCCCUCGACGGAGACAUCGCCAUAAGCGGGAGCAAAGACCGAACAGUGCGCGUGUGGAGAAACUAG